UGGGAGGCCAACAAAGGAGAACUACUAUUCAUUCUCAAAUGGUCUUGGCCACUGAUUGUAUCAAACAUACUCAACAAUGUACUGUACCUAUUUGUAAACCUUGUCUUUGUGGGACAAUCCCAGACCAGCAGUGAGCUUGCCGCCGCUGCCCUGGCCAACACAUGGACCUAUGCCACUGGUGCCAUUGCGAUAGGCAUUCUCAAUGCCAUGGACACUCUGCUCAGUCAAUCAUUUGGAGCUAGUAAGUUGCUGCUGAUUCCAGGUCUAUGGUUCUACAACAUGACCAUUUGCAUGCAGAAAUAUCUGCAAGGACAAGGAAAGAUGAUGCCAUCCAUUUAUAUUGGUCUGGCAGUCAAUGGCCUUAAUGUCCUAUUCAGUUUCAUCCUAGUUUACGGCGUUGGAGGUUAUCAUGGGAUGGGAUUCAAAGGUGCUCCUUUGUCCACAUCUUUAUCGAGGAUAAUUGGAUUCUUCCUUAUGAUUGGAUAUAUCAAGGUAUUCAAAUUACACAAGGAUACAUGGUUUGGAUUCUCAAGAGAGAGUUUCAAACUCAAGGGCAUCAAAGAGUACCUUGCCAUUGGUAUCCCARGCAACGUUCCAACAUGUGUCAGAAGGCUGGUGCUUUGA